AUGGCGACUUCCCGGCCUCACAGGUCCUCCACAGCCGCCUCAAGACUCCCGCCCAUGAACAACCAGAUAGCCGAACUCCGAAGCCUAGCGGACGAAUUGAUCAGAGCGUCCGAAGCCACUCCCCCGACCUCCGAAGUCCUCCACAACCAGAGCAACGCGCUCCGCCGCAUGCGCCAGCUGCUGAUCGAAUCAAACGACCAAACCCAUACCAAAGAUGCCUUCAGACAUGUCCGAGGCUUCGAGACGCUCCUCAUCACCCUGCGCUCGCUCUCUGGCUUCUACAAGCCCGCCGAGCUGCCUGUCCCCGACCGCAUCGACUUCUUCGAGGUGAUCAAGGGAACGCUGGAUGUCCUGUCAGACGCGCUGAACGAGCAUGCCGGUAACAGGCGCUUCUUUGCAAAGCGCGUCGAGCACGGCGGCUGGAGUGCUUUGGAACAAGCCUUGGGCAGCACAGGAAUUUUCGGCGGGCAGUCACAGAGCAAGCGCGACGAUGCUGGUCAGGAGCAGCUGUUCGGCACCCUGUUUGCUUUUGCACUGGGCGAAGAGGCCAUGACACGCAUAUUCAGAGACAUUGAUAAGAAGCUCGAUAUCACACAGUCAAAGUCGGAGGAAGAUGCAGGCCCCGAUGGCGACUCACAGGCUACAGAAAUUGUAGUCUCUAGCCCGCGGUCCAUGUACAGUGACACCGACAUCGAUCUCGACCCCCUGCGCAGCCAGGUCCGUGCUAUAUUCAGCGGCAACGAGAUACUGCAGAACCCAGACAUCAUCCCAACCGUAUUCCACUUUUGGCAGGGUUUGUCUGGUGAAGAUGUUCCAGGCACACGGUCCAAGGCUCUCUCUGUUUCGGUGUUGCUUGCCAUCCUUGAGAUCGUUUCCAUCUCUUCCUUUAACAAAGCUGCUCUACAUGUCACUGGCGUCCUGAGUAUAGUCUUGCCUCUUCUUUUUGAGAACAAGUGCGCUCCCGUAGAAGCUGGCCUAUUACUAGAGCUGGCCGAUGGCUUAGUGCAGUACGGUAUAAACAAGCUCGACGAUGCAUACUAUCUCUUCCGCAAAGCAGCGUCUUCGGAAUCAGCUGCCAAGUUCCUCCUACGCGGUAUGCACUCGUCUCGCGACCCGCCUUUCAUACAGUUCGAUCUCUCUCUGCAUGGCUUCAGUGCGAUUGAACUUCCAGAUAUCGGUCGUCCAUUUCCGCCCAUGUCUACGGGAGGCGGAUACACGUUCGCGGCCUGGAUACGAGUCGAUAGAUUCGAUACCAACUGUCAUACUACACUCUUUGGCGCUUACGAUGACACGCAAACGUGUUUUCUAAUGGCAUAUCUGGAGAGAGAUACUCGUUGCUUCAUCCUGCAGACCUAUAUGGGUCAUUCUACUGGUGUCGUACCUAGUGUCCGGUUUAAGAAAGCACCUCGUUUUGAAGCGGGCCGGUGGUAUCACAUCGCUAUUGUCCACAAAAGAACAAAGGCUAUUGGUAUGGGUGCUGCCAAAGCAUCACUUUUCGUAGAUGGUGAGUUCACCGAGACUAUGAAGGCACACUAUCCUUCACAUCCUCCGGUGCUAGAUAGCAGCCAGGAGAGCUUUGCCUCCAUGUCUUCCAGCGUGUCGAAGCACCACAUACUCGCAUUCCUGGGGACACCACGGAACUUGGCGCCCCGACUGGGCAGAAACGUCAUCUCUUCUAAGCUCUCAGUUGCUUCGUUCCACCUCUUCUCUGAACCCCUGUCGGAUGAGCUGAUCGCCGUAUAUCACAAACUUGGUCCGCGUUACUGUGGAAAUUUCCAAGAUAGACUUGGGUCGUUCCAGACCUAUCGCACGUCUGCUGAGCUUCAUGUUCACAACGAGAUACUACAUCCCGGGAGGGAGGAGCGAUCCGACAUCGUAGCAGCUAUCCGGGCGAAUGCAAGUCAUCUAAUGCCAGAAUCCAAGAUUCUGCUGAGCUUUUCCCCUAGUUCCGUCAUGGAUGACGAUGACAGAAAUGCCAUCGAUGAAUCUCAGCUAAUCCGAUCCCUCUCACGAGAGUCAGCUAAAACUCUUCACAAGUAUACCAGACUGCAUAGCACUCCAAUCAUCAUCAAUGCUGCCGUGCCUUCGGUCAACGACGCAUUGUCUCAGCCGAGAGGAUUUGGACGAUUAUCGGGUGACCCUGUCGUUGUCGUUCCACAAUCGCUCGACGACGCCAUCUGGCGAAUCGGCGGAUGUGUGGCGGUUGGGUUGAAGUUGGUACAGUCAGCUCAGACUCUGGACAGUAUGCUUCGUUCUGUCAACAUCUUACUCGAAGCUGUUGGAGGCAAUUGGCGCAACUGUGAGGCCAUGGAGCAACGCAACGGAUUUGCUGUUCUGGCCGAGGUCAUCCGCCAGAAGAUUGGAUUUGCCAUGGGGGGAUUGGUGGGCCGCAACCCGUCUUCGCUGGAUGUGACACCGGAAGACUGCGAAAGUUUUGUUAUGCAGCUGCUGCGAAUCGUCCUUCGAUUCGUCGGCUAUGAUGAAAACGAGCCGACCGAGUCGCUCAUCAUCAACCCUCUCGCAUAUAGGGUGCUCUUAGUUGAUCUUGAGAUCUGGCGUAGAGCUACUUCACUGGAAACCCAGAAGCUAUAUUACUUGCAAUUCGCGCACUUUGCCAAGGGCAGUAAGCAUCAUCACUACAACGCUAAGCGGUUUCAUAGGAUACGAGUUGUCAAACGUCUUACGGAUGCUCUCAAAGGAGAGAAUUUCACACCACAGACAUUCAAGCUAUUCCUUGGUGCGUUUAAAGCCUUGCUCGUCAUCAACUUCAACGGAGAGAAUGCGAGAUCGCUUUCUCUUUUCGUUACGUAUGCGCUGCAUGACAGCCGCGCAUCAUAUGCCAAACGGGGGUUGCGGCCAAAAGCGAGUGUCGUCCGCCUUCGCAAGAACACGCCGACGCUGACACCAGAAUCGACUCCGCGGUCGAAUAGUCCAGCGUCAAUUGGCGCCAGCUCACCACCGCUAUCUCUGCCAGAACUAGGCAUUGCUAUCCUCAAUCUUCUGGCAGAGCUUCUUUGUGACCCUCAGAAUCCACAGGAAAUCAUCCGUUUUGCAAAGAAUGUUACCGGAAAGUGGCUGCUGUACCUCCUCGCUGAGCCGGAGCAACGAGUCGUUGUUCUUGGCGCAAAGAUCUUAGCUCGAUUGCUUGUCGUAAAUGGCUCGCACUACGUCAAGAAGUUUGCGGAUAAGACUGGAGGCUUCAUCCUGAUGAAGAAUAGACUGCGUCAUUGGUGGAAUACCCCAGGUAUUUGGACUAUCUGUUUUGCGAUACUCUUCGGUCGAGAUGUUGCAUCCAUUGACUUUGAGCGCGAUUUCGACGUCUUCAAUCUAGUUGACAUCUUCAUUGCGCACUCACCACAGUCUCAGCUGAGGAUCUGGUACCCUGAAGUGUUCCCAGUAAUUACUGCAAUGCUGGAAACAGGCCUGAGAGCGAUUGUCCGGGACCGAGACCUCACCCGAGCGGAUGAUGGCCCACCUAAGCAAGAGAAUGGCGAGGGCACAGUCACACGGGGUCGUCGCAGAACAAUGUCGCUGAAUGCUAAACAACCGAAAGUUGACACCCGAGCUCCCCAGACAGAUCGCCUAAACGAUUUUGCUGUUGUUCUUAACUCUGCUAUCCAAUUCUUGUCCGAGCUGCAUUCGCGAUCGGAAGGUUUCCGCGACUACACCAACUCGUCCAACUACGUCCAGGAGUUACUCUUCGUCCUCUAUCCAGUGAUUGUCACAUCUGAUAACGUUAGCGCUGAAACUGAAUUACUUUCGAGAGGGUCCGCGUUGACAUUCGAGGGCCAAGAUGUGGUGAUACGGCCGCUUUCUCGAGCCAAUGGGCAUGAAACGCCGGUGGUUCGUACGACUAAUGUCGAUGUAUCGCCUUCGCCUUCGUCCCGCCGUGUGUUGCCUUUCCGCAGAGCCUCGUCUUUCGUACUAGUCUCCGCGGAUAAGAAGAAGGUCGCGCAGCAGCGUUCGCUCAACCCGAUACUAUCUCCCAAAUACGCUGCUCCGCUUGCGCUCAAAGUUGGUAGCUCGGUGGUGGAGGCUACACUGGAGGUUGUUCUAGAUGUAUUCAAGGACCAGAUCUUUACGAGGAAAGAAUUCCCUGGACUCGGUUUGUUCAUGAAAACACCACCUGGGUUCCAAGAACAUCAAGCGUAUUUUGAGUCAUACAUCCUUCGACAGACGCUCUCGUCCGUAAAGAACGCGCUUCAGUUUGACCAGCAGUUACUGCACGAACCGCGUGUGCUCACCAAUUUGGCGCGCUUCGUGACUCAUGUGUCCGAAGCGGUCUUUGAGGGCUGGUUUCUUGAUGGUGCGGAGCCCUUGCUCGACUUCUCUGGGUUCCUUCUGGAAUACUUGGAACGUCCAGACAUUGCGACAAUCAAGUCUGUCAGACUCUGCACGCAAGCCAUCCAAUCAAUUCGCAACACCUUCCUGAGAGUCGCUCUACUCCGUUUGGCAGAAUCAGAUGAGACUGAAGGCGGAGAGACUACAACAGCAGUGAUCGAGAAGAUGAUGUACUGGCAACCCAUCAUCCUCUCUUCUGUCAAUAACGAAACGUUUUCGCUGAAGAUGAUUUGCUACCUUCUUUACACGCAGCUGUCAUCGGAACACACGGCCGUGCGUCUUGCGGCUGCGAACUUCUGGCGAUCCCUCAUGGUGCAGAAGCCUCACGAGACAUCUAUGAUAUUGGCUGAUGCCAUUCAUGGAGACACAAAGGACCUCUACGAUGGCUUCCAAAAGCUGGUCGAGCUAGACAACGAAACGUUCCUCGAAUGGCUCGACAAGAACAAGACAGAGAUGGAUAAGUUUUUCUACGGCUCCAUGACCAAAUCGUGGGAAGACUUUGCCCACAGCCAGAACAAGAAGACCGAAGAGACAUCCCAAAGGCGCAUCGCAAAGCGCAAGGAAAAACUGAAGCAGUGGCAAUCUGAUGAACUUGCUGCUGACAACGUCUGGAAUCACCACGAGAACUCAACAAACCACUGGAGAUCCAAUAUACAUGCUUCUGAACGUAUCAAGCAUCAGCGCGUUCUCCAAGACCAGCAGGAUAAUGCUACCUACAUGGCGACCGUACUGGCGAAGCUCGAUCACCAACUCAAAGGUCCAUGCGGCUUGUUCGAAGAGAGUCCACCUGCCAGAUGGCGGCUUGACGAAACGGAAGGUCGUGAUCGAAAACGUCUGCGUAUCAUCGUCGAUAAUACUACCAGAGAGCAAUCCUACCAACCCAAACGGAAGGACACAGACCCAAGAGAAAGGCCAAAACUAGACACUACAGUGCCAGCGAUCUCGGCGAAAGAAGCUGUUGGCGUUACACCUGUCAAAGGACGAUCCGCUAGGUCUUCCUCCGCCGUAAGCGGCGCAUCGGGUGAUCCCACAGAGGAACCGGAGUCUGCCAGCGACGAUGACUUCGAGAUGGUCGAGGCCAUGUACGAGGAUGAGGAUGGCUUCGAAGACAAGAACCGUAAGGUCAUGCGCAGUCUGAAUCGCGGCGACCAGGUGCAGUAUGUCUGCAACAUUUCACGGGUAGUCGGACUGGAGGCGAUCGAAGGCCUUCUCAUUGUCGGAAAAGACUGUCUCUACUUGCUUGACGAUUUCUUCCAGCGGUCUGACGGUGAGAUUGUACGCGUAUGGCAGGCGCCGCCCGACGAGCGUGACCCUUACGUGCAAGUCAUCGCUGGAAAGGAGGCUGUUACCACUCGUCGACCACCACCAAGGAGCCAGGAAGAUGCAGUGAGAAACUGGAAGUGGACUGAGGUCAUCAGCAUCUCGAAGCGACGCUUCCUCCACCGCGAUGUCGGAAUCGAGAUAUUCUUCGACGAUGGCCGUAGCUAUCUUCUAACCGCUGUCUCUGCUCAGGCGCGAAACGACAUACACUCCAGAGUUCUACAACGAGCUUCUCAUGUUGCCAAUCCAGAGAAGUUUGCCAAUUCUGAGAUCUCUUGGCGCCUUGACUCCUUGCGCAACCCGGAAGAAGCACCGCAGACUUUUGGGUCACGUUUCGCAUCAGCUUUCGGCUCUGCUUCCGCUCACCCAGCGACUAAGAAGUGGCUGAAAGGAGAGAUGUCCAACUUCCAUUACCUCAUGUUUGUCAAUACGCUCGCCGGAAGGACAUUCAACGACCUUACACAAUACCCAGUCUUCCCCUGGGUGUUGUCAAAUUAUCAUAGUGAAGAGCUGGACCUCAGCGAUCCAAGCAACUUCCGAGAUCUCCGGAAACCUAUCGGUAUUCAAGACCCGAAGCAAGAGCACCUCAUUAGAGAAAGAUUCAGUUCUUUUGCCGAAAUGGGAGAUGCUAGUCAUGCCUUCCACUAUGGCACCCAUUACUCGUCUGCCAUGACUGUGGCAUCGUAUCUUAUGCGCCUUCAACCAUUUAGUGCUGCUUUCUUCCUCAUUCAGGGUGGUACGUGGGAUCAUGCUGACCGUAUGUUCUACUCAAUCCAGAAUGUUUGGGAGUCGGUAUCAGCAAAGAACAUGGCCGAUGUACGCGAGCUUACGCCAGAGUUCUACUUCCUCCCCGAUUUCCUGACCAAUGUCAAUGGGUACAAUUUCGGUCUGCGAUCCGACGGCUCGACCAUCGACAACGUCAAAUUACCCCCGUGGGCCAAGGGCGACCCUGCCAUUUUCAUCGCCAAGCAACGCGAGGCGCUGGAAAGCCCUUAUGUCAGCCAGAACCUGCAUCACUGGAUUGAUCUGAUCUUCGGUUACAAGCAGCGAGGCGAAGCGGCGAUUGAGGCUGCCAACGUCUUCCAUUACAUGACAUAUCAAGGUGCAAUCGAUCUCGAUACUAUUGUGGACGAGAAGGAGCGCGCGCAAAAGAUCAGUGUCAUCAACAACUUCGGACAGACACCUCCACAGGUCUUCCAACGACCACAUCCGCAGAAGGAGAAUAUCACAAGACCUACUAAGCUCGAUACGGCGGCUGAGAGCUUGCAUCGCGUACCCGGCACGUUACUUGAGUCGAAUGAUCGUAUCUCAUCCCUCAAUUACAUCAGCAAGAGCGACAAGCUCCUAUGCUCUGCACCAUUCCGGCAUAACAUCCCCCCGCACCAUGAUCGUUACAUGGAGUGGGGUUUCACAGACGGCAGCGUGCGCUUCUACGACUCACACUCCAAGAAGCUCAUUGGACUAUUCGAGCAUCUACACUCCGGCCAGCUGACAACCUCCCUAUUCAUCGACGGCAGCACGCUUAUCACAGCCGGAACCGAUUGCACUCUGGCAAUUUGGAAUAUGAAUAAAGGUGACCGAGGCCACAUCGACCUCCAAAACGCAACCACAUUGUUCGGCCACAAAUCCUCCGUCAUCACACUCGCCGCAAGUCGCGCCUUUUCCGCUUUCCUCUCUGCAUCACUCGACGGGCGGGUCUUCCUUUGGGAUCUAAAUCGCAAUGAAUUCGUCCGGGAACUGGAUCUCGGUCCACGACAGAAACGUAACCCAGUGCCGAUUCAAGCAGCCAGGAUAAACAGCGUCACAGGACACAUUGUGCUCGCAUGCGGCAGCCGACUCAUCGUCACCACACUCAACGGCGCAGUGCUACUAGACGAAGACAUCUGCGACAGCGAAGACGACGCAGAUAGCAUAACCGCCGUUGCCGUCUACGAAGGCACGGGCAACGAGUGGUGCGAACGCGAGCUCAUCUUUACCGGGCACAGGAGAGGCAUCGUUAAGAUUUUCCACCUUAUGCCCACGCCACCGACUAUUUACACGCCCCCCGGGUCAAUGACGGCGACGACGCCUAGCAAGUGGUCUUUGAACCUUGUCAAUGUGCUUAAUCAUGGUGAUCCGACGGUGCCGUUGGCUGCGGCGCCGAUUACGUGUAUACUGCCCAUGGCGAAUCAUGUUUAUACGGGGGAUGAGGAGGGGAGAGUUUAUGAAUGGGAUUGCGUGCAUCGGCACUACUGA